AAUAUCAAAAUUUGAAAAAGAACUAAUUCUUUCUUAUCAACUCGCUAAUUUUUUAUCUCAUGUGUAGCAUUUUUAUCAAGAUUAAAUUAUGAUGAUAAGAAUUUUAAAUGCUUGAAAUACCUCAUUUAAUAUUUUUUUCGUUAAAAGUCUUAAGUUUGCAUAAGGAGGUUGAAAAUGAGUCAUAUAUCAAAGGAUAUGAGGCAUAUUAUGGAUACUGCAACUUGUAUAUUGUUAGAUAUCGAGGGUACUACCUCUUCAAUUGACUUUGUCAGAAAAGACUUACAUAAGUACCUAAUUCAGAAUAUUCAAAACUAUAUUGUUAACCAUUGGAAUGAUGUAGAAGUUCAAAAAGUUGUGAAAGAAUUAAUAUUUAUGAAUAAUGAAGAAAAACAAACUGCCCUCCAUGAUGAAAAUAGUGAUGUAAAAUGUAAAGAUGUUUCAAAAAUUCAGGAAGACACUAUUAAUAAAUUAAAGAAUGAAAUUCAAAGUGAUCAAAAGUCAGCUGCUGUUAAAGAACUUCAAGGUUUAGUCUGGAUGGAUGGAUUUACCAAGGGUGAAUUAGUUGGACAUUUAUAUCCUGACGUAGUUGAUGCUUUCAAAAUCUGGAAAAGUCAAGUGAAAGAUAUUUACAUUUAUUCAAAUGGAAGUGUUCAAUCUCAGUGCAUGCUGUUUGGACGAAGUGUUUAUGGAGAUUUAAGGAAGUACAUUGCUGGAAACUUUGAUACCAAAGUUGGAUCAAAACUUGAUGCAGAAAGUUACUCAAAAAUUUGUCAAACAAUUGGGAAGUCACCAAAUGAAGUGGUUUUUUUCUCUGAUCGCCCCAAAGAACUCUUUGCUGCUAAAGAGGCAGGCUUACAAAUUGUAUUAGUCAUUAGAAAUCCAGAAUGUCCUAUGUUUACUGAAGAAAUGUGUUUAUUAAAGAAUACUGAUCCUACUAUAAACUCGUUUUUAGAAGUUGUAAAUAAUGCUGAAGAAGAAGAAAAAUAAAUGUAUUUUUUUUAUCUGCAA